CGCAAUAAUCGCAAUAUACCUUGAUUGAAGCGGCACUACUAGCCUGUGAAGCCGAGACAUCUACAGCUGGAGAGAUUGAUCUGGCGGUUCAAUCUCGAGGAAAGAAAUCUUUGGCUCGCUUCAAAGAUUACAGCCUCGUCCCCUUCUUGUGCAUCGUCUCCGUGAACAACACUUCCCUACACGCUUUCCUGGCGCUACCGGUUCCUCUAGUCGUGGUAAAGUGGCAGGCUUGUCGUGCGUUGGACACGCGAAACGCGUACUUCCACACCCUGUACUUAGGUCUAAUUUGAAGCAACCUUCAGGCUCAAUCCGUUCCAUUCUUGUAUCUUACCUCCAACGCCAAUGGCUAACUCACAGGUCCCACUCUCCUUUCCACCGUCUCCGACGAACAGUUCGUUCCCGUCGAGGAUGAACUCCACUCGGUCACCACAACUCCCUCUGCCGUCUUCCGACUUUAGUGCUACACCUGUGCGCGGCCUCAAGAAGAGCGCAGCUGCACGUAGUAGGUCAGGAAGCGUCGAUGCAAAGGCCAAUGGUCAAGGUCUCAAUCUGCAUAUUCGUUCGGCUUCGUCUGUCACAGCGAACAGGGGUUUGGCUUCAACCAGUGUUGACCAUGCUCGAGACCAACCUACUUCCUCGCCGCCUGGUUCCUCGCCUCCUACUGUCGCCACCUUUCAAGUUCCUUCCUUGACGAGUACAUCACAUGCAGGCGGUAUCUUACCCUCCGCCUCUUUCUUUCACCCUUCACGACCGUCCGCGCGUCCGUCCUCGGCGCAGUCAGGUUCCUUCACCGAGGAGCACUCACACUCGCACGAUACUCCUCCAGAUCAUUAUCCAUUGACGCAUCUUGCGAGUCUAAACUCUCAUGACGAAUCUUUUGCUGGUAGUGAUGGUGUUCAAAGCUCGCCCGGCCGGGACGACACUCCCCAGCAGCUUUCCAAGCGGUUCAAACAUAGCCGGGAGCCCUUAUUGCCCAUGGGGAGUCGGCCAUUGACCGCCAGUUCUAGUGCUCCGGCACGACCAUCUAUUGACCGGUCUACUUCUCAACGGAGUGCAGGAGGAAAUACCCGGAUCCGCGGCAGUCUUGAACGUGUGUUUCGACAUGGCCUUAGUAUCGACUCACCUCGCAGGUCUACCACUAGCCCCGCCCUCGCUUUGCAGCGACCGUCUACCAGCACCGACGCGAACCAUACCUUUGAAAAAGACAGACCAGUCGAUAACCUUUAUCCCAUGAGGUUGACCCGUCGAAACGUAUCGCGUUCUUCCUCUCAUCAGGAGGACCAGGGCUCCGUGCUUAGUCCAUCCCCUGCGCCAAGCUUGAUGUUUCAGCCUGUGCCUCCUGACUACAAACACCCACUGUCAGAAACUCCUAUCUCACCGAUGAAGAGAAUAUACCAGAUAUACCCAUCGCAGAACCAGUUUUUCUUUGGCGGACGUUUACUGACAGGAGGCGACUCCCCUUGGGCCUUUGUGGCUUCUCUAAUCGCUGUUUUCGGGAUCGCUGGGGUAUGGCUUGGGACCACCAGCGUGUGGUGGUGGCACAAUGAAAGCCCAGCCGUUGCAAUUUUAGGCGCAUACAUGUGUGCGCUGACUAUUUCUAACAUGUUUGCCGCGGCCUUCCGUGAUCCUGGAAUAUUACCACGAGGUCUGGAUCCCGAACCUCCUAUGCCAGCUACUACGUCAGAGGACGGCGGGAGUCGUGGGCCCCUCCCCCGCGAUUUGAGGGUUCGGAACGACACUGUCCGUGUCAAAUAUUGUGCAACCUGCAAGACGUAUCGCCCGCCAAGGUCUAGUCAUUGCAAGAUGUGCGACAACUGUAUUGACGGAUGUGACCAUCACUGCCAAUGGCUCAACAACUGCAUUGGCCGACGUAACUACACGUUCUUCUUUGCUUUUCUAGCGUCCGCCGUCUUGACUCUGUGCUUAGUUAUUUGCACAUCAGCGUUACACCUAUAUCUUCUCACGCGAAGAGACCAUGUUGCUUUCCGCGCUGCCCUUGAUCAUGGGGCUGGCAGUGCAGUGGUUUUCUGUCUGUCCGUAAUCGUCAUUUGGCCCAUGACAGCAUUGCUCGCGUAUCACAUACGGCUGCUUGUCCUGAACGUUACAACAAUUGAGCAGAUCAGGAACCAGGCUCACAAGAGUGUUGUCCCCGGACCCGCGCCGCCCAACCCUUUUACUUUUGGUUCCUGGCGGAACAAUUUCGCCCACGUGCUCUGUCGGCCUGCAGGGUUUUCAUGGAUUGAUGCUCACGCAUUGGCGACCGAGGACAAGCGCCGUGUGAACCCAGGUCUGGAUGAUAUCGGAUUGGGGUGGGAAGCCAAUCAGAGUGAUCAUGCACGGGCUAGCGAACUUGUUUAGCAUGUGAACGUAUACGCACCUUUACCUUGCCUUUACCUUAGCUUUGCGUUUAAUGGCUUGAUUUCUGAAGUUCUGGUUGGGGCAAGACAUGUCUAUGUUGUUGAAAUUGAGCGUUUGAAAAACUACACUUAUAUAUUUGAAGAUAGCUGAUUAAUAUUUCUGUCCGUUCCAGGUUGGUUCAGGGUUGGGAGAAGCUUGGAAGGUGACCAUGCGGUAUUUUUGGCACCCUAUUAUGCGCGUUCAUGCGCCAACUUCGUGCUUCACGUGCUCCUUCCACACCGAUUUGAAAAUCAUUUGAGGUUUCUCAAAAAAAAGGGUCGGAGGGAGGUCACCUCGUCUUGAGCUCACACAUCCCGGCGGAACGCAAGGGCAAAGGCGGGUGCGGAGAGACGGAUGAAUAGUUAUUGAGACCGCGAUGUUUGCCGGAAAGGCACGAGACGUCUGAUAAUCAAGC